CCAGCGACAUAGCCAUUACGCCAACUGCUGGUCCUUGGGAAGGUGGGAGUCAAUCAUUUUGACAAGUCUCCUGAAAGGAACAGCUAGCAGGAGCUGAAAGCUUUUUCCAUUUGGUCUCGUGGCAAAGGCAGAGAUCGCUACAGCAGCUCCACACACUAUGACGUGCUCGCUAGUGUCAUCUGAACAGUCUUCUGGUAACUCUCUCUUGGUGAAAGACAGUGCCCCGUUUUCUUCGAGUUCCUUGGAUGAAGAUGGAUUAGAUGACUCCUUGCUAGAGCUGUCUGAUGGAGAAGAAGAUGAUGGCCAUUUCAGUUAUACAGAGGAAGAGAUUGAGGAGCUCUUAAAGGAUGAUGAUCUAUUAGAUGAGCACAUUCCUCGUGAAGCAGGGCUGUGUAAAGAUGACAGUGGCCGUGAUGAAAAAGGAGAGAGAGGGGGUCACAUUUUACUUGAUAUUCCUCAAGAGAAAAAUUCAUUGUAUAGCUUGGGACCUGUAACUGAGACCCCUGACCUCUUUAAACUACCUCAACUGAGUACACCAGUUGGUCAGAGACCAACACCUAAUAAACCAUUAAACAAACGCUUUAUACUAGACAAGAAUCUUAUCAAGGUAACAGUUGCACCAUUUAAUCCAACAGUUUGUGAUGCUGUACUUGACAAUGAUAAGACUGAUUCAUCCAAAGAUACCGAAAAGCCCUCCUCCCUUGGUGAAGAUACGAGUUAUAACCCAGAUGAGAACAAACUUUGCACUGAAUCUGAAGACAUCAGCCCCAAUAACGCUGCCUGGGAUGAACCUCUGUUCUCCUCUCCUUUAAACAAUAACUUUCAAAACACUGUCUCUGAUAAAAAUAUUCCUGACAGUAAGAAACCUGCAUCUGUAUUCUCUCAGAUCUCAGACCAUUCAGAGACUCCUUUUAAUACUGGGUCCUCCUGGAGAAAUGGUACAUCACAUAAAUCAAGUUGUGAAGUGAGAUUUCCAGUUAUUUCCAAUUCAUCAAACAAACAGGAUAUUCCUGACAAGGUUUCUGGGAAGGUGAAAGUCUCUGAGAGAAGACUAGGCAAGGUCACUCCUGUUCUACAAACCAAAACCAGGACUAACGUUACAACGUUUUCACAGUCAGAUCUAGAACAGCAGAAGCAAAUUUAUCUCAGGAGUGUCAUUGCUCAUAUCGAAGACCCAGUGGACUCUAACCAAGGUCCCUUGGGGGAGCUUUGUGCCUUGAUGGAUCAAGUUCAUUAUACGAAGAACCAAAAAUGGCAGCAUCCUUCGGACCUCACUGUGCGAAACUACGCCCGGUUCAGACAGAAACCUCUGCAAAGAUGCAGUCUGACUCAGUGGGUCGAUAGGAACAUGCGAAGCUACCAUCGGUUCCAGCGUCACCCAGACUUCCCAUGCAGUCCUUUCGUCUCAUCCCCUCAGCCGUGAGGGACCUUCUCCAGGGUCCUGUCCAGAGCAGCAUCUCAUCAUCUUCUGCUGUUUUGUGCUUUGUAGAUACCGAAUUUUAUUUUUCCACAAGAUUUUUAUUUAAAGAACUUGUCAUCUUUUGGAAAUACUCACUUGAAUUUUUUUUGUAUGAGGUUCCUCCUGAUUUUGUGUGUUUCUAUCUGUUUAACCGAUAUUGAUACUUUUUUUUUUAAUUUUUAAAUUGAAAUGGAAAGCCUCCCGAAAGCCAGCAUAAGGCCAAAUAACCAGGCUCAAAGAAGAAACUCAGCUCCAUGUAGAAGUGCCCAAAGGAGGGUUACCUUUUAAACCUCCUGUAAGCAAGAUACUCUUUUUAUUUUUUAAUUUUAUUUCAUUUUUUGCUAUAGGGCGUGCACUCACCUAAGAGUAAUGGAGUAGGGUGGGGGAGGGGUGGAAUGAGAAAUCACCAGCCUCUUUGCCACCCCCAAGAGGAUGGCCACACCACAAUCCCUUCUCCUCGCUCUCCUCUUGGGAUUUUGGAUGCACAGACACACAUGCACCUGGCAUGCUUUUCAAGCCACCAGAUCUGGGACUCAGACUGAGCAUUUGGCCGUGUGGGAUCUACCUGUCUCAACCAGCAUACCACCUGGGUGGCCCCUAGAAAAUAGUUUUUUAUCAGGCUAUGGGCCAGUGUUAAUUAUUACUGAUCACUUGUAAGUGAAUAUAAGUCACUUUUAAUGACUGUCUUAACUUUUUGAAUCUCUGAAUACCUGUCAGUUAUUUCAAAGUUGGCAGUCCAGGACAUUUGAAAUAGAAUGGGAUAGGAAAACAAUCUUGUUGAAAGGACAGAUUAAAAGUAUAAAUCCUCUCCUCUUUUUUCUACUAGCUCCCUUUAUUUUAUUAAUUUUUUUUUUACUUUUUUCAUUACUCAUUAAACUUAUGUUGCAUGAUAGUGUUUAAAAUCUUACACCCUUCUUAACUCUUGACUGAAGACUGCCAACUAAUCCCUGCUCUGUGCCUGUGUUCUUUGUCCCACGUUGUCUCCUCCACCCUUCCUCACGUAUCCCCGGGUUUUAACCUUCAGUGACCACUCCUUUGCAGUUUUAUUGGCAGUGCUUCUGUUUCCUGAGAGACAUGGCUGUGCCUCUUCAGAACAGCCUCCCUUUCUUGAAAGACAUCGCCUACCCCGUGUCUUGACUCUAGGACAGGCCAGUGCCAUUGAGGUGUAGGUUGGCCUUCAGUUUGUUCUGCUAAUCUCCAAUUUAAGUAUGCGUUGACACUUGAAAUAUCAAUAAGGAUAUUUGUCAAGGAGCCUGCUCCAUUUGGGAGAGACUUGGAGAGGCACUCAUUUGUCUCCAUACUUGGUUAACAGAGGUGCCUUUAGACCCUGGCUGUUAAAUCUCGCCGGUCAUGCCCCUGGUGCACAGUUGCACCUAACUGCUAGCAUAGGUCUGACAUAGUUAUGGCGAUGUCUGCUCACCAAAGCAUUGCCUGAUCUUCAGAUUUGGUGUUCUAACCAAAGCUGACAGAUGUGGUGCAUCUACCUGAAGGAAUGUUUCAGGACAUGCCCACACAGCUCACGCACCGCUCGAAAGGUCAUUUCGGGAGGCUUUGCAGUCUGGCCUCCAUGUGUUGCUCACUGUGAACGUCGCUCCUAGCUGAUAUAGUCUUUGUCUGGUUGUGUUGUUUUACCUGCCCUGCCUUUGCAUGUGAUUAGCCUGUCUUAAACAUCCUACCCCAAUUUAGAAACUGACUUGGGAGAAGCUUGUUCAUUCAGGCCACUAGUGAAAUUGGAUAGAUGUCUCUUAAGUGUUUCCUGUUUUUAACCAGACAAGGACUCUCUUUUCCACAUCGUUUGCUUUAGAUUCUAGAACCAAAAUUCAAAAGAAAAGUUGUGUUCUUAGGCAGUAGUCAAAAAUCUGUGAUUUCAGUCAGCAUAAUUGGCAUGUACUACGUCAGUCAUUCUCCGGGCUGUCCUAAAUUAGCUUGAUGGAGUGAGACAUGCCAAACAUCCACCUUUGGGACCAGAACGUAGUUAAAAUUAAAUGUAGCUGGAAUAGCUAGCAUUGCAGCUGUCUGCAUCCCCACAGAUAGCCCAAGGAGUCGGGACAGCAUUGUGCUUCGGCAAAAAUCUUAAGAUUCACAUUCCUGUCCUGGUGCAGGGGGCUUAAGACUGAGUGUCUAAUGGGAGCCCUGCCUUUGCCAGAUCAAAUGAGUGACAGGUUCACUAGAGAAUGUGACAGUCACAUUUCCUCUUAGCUCCAAUAAUUCUGUUUUUUCCAAAGCUUUAGCAGCCUAAUUAAAUCUGUUGAACUGGGGGAGGAGAGAGCUGUUCUCUAGUGGUUAACAUGGUAUUCUUUAAGAAGAAAAAACAAAGCCAGCCACUUUAAAGAUGGCAGUGUUCACCGCAAAGCUGCACGCUCUCGUAGUUGCUGCUCGCCGCCCAGUCCAGUGUUGCGGGUGGAAUUCUUGCUGUGUUUUUCAAGUGUGGGUUAUGUGCGUCUGACUGCCUACCUAGCCUUGACCUGUGGAGACACUCCCAGCACAGGGUCCUGACAGAGCAGAGCAGAAACGUGCCGUUUACAUGGCUUGUUUGUAAGCGAGGAGCCUCAGAUGGCCUGUGGUUCCUCAUGGAGUGCGGGCCAGAUUGACUUGCGUCGUCAGGAGCAGUUAUGAAACUGAAGUUGGUGCCUCCUCUGUCAUGUUUUUUUCCCUUGUAGCAGUUGUGUUUAAUGUCAUUAAAAAGAAAUAAAAGUUCUUGUCAGUG